AUGGAAAGCCCAAUAGCAAAUGCGUCGAGGCUCAAGCCUGAGAUACGCCUUGUGCGGGCACUGGCCGACUUCAAAGUAGUGCUGUCAACCGAUCGGAGAGCAAGAUUCGACGCAUCCAUCGCUGCCUUCAAAGACCAUCCCCCAGAUGCGAACGAUGUCAAUCGGUUGACCGCUGAAAUCAACCGUGAUAUCCAACAAACAACGAGGCGAUGUUAUGGACCGCGUUUUGUACACGUCUUACAAGCUGUGCAACAGUACGCAUCUAUAGGCGAUGCCUUUAUAGGAGGGUCGCAGAAUUUGGUUGCUUCUGGAGUGUGGGCGGCAGUGAGGCUGACUUUAACGAUGUUAACUCAAAGCGCCUCAUAUCUGGAGAAAAUGUCAACAUUGUUUAUGAACGCGGGCAGAAGUGCUCCCCGAUAUCAGGACAUGGCCUUGCUUUACCCUCGCUCGAAGCGACUACGGGAAGCACUAUGCGAGUAUUUUAUUGUUAUUUUGAACAUUUGCAAGCACGCUGUGAAGUUUCUGCAAAAGUCCGCAUUAUCACAGCUCUCAUCCGCUAUAUCGGACUCUUCUUUAGCGUCUUUCGAGAAAGAGCUUCAACAGUGGGCAAUUGCCAUUGUGGAAGAAGUUGCUUUACUGUCAAGUCAAAGCCUCCAAGAGGAAGCGAAGGAGCAUUCUCGAUUUCGACAGAUAAUGGUUAAAUUCUCUGAUUCCAGCAAUCAGCGUCACCAAUUGUCUCUCAGAAUCCGACUACUUGAUGCUUGUACCACAUAUGACUACCAGACAUCUUGGAAGCAGGCUCGGAAACAGGGAACAACAACCUGGUUUGCGAGCACAAGUGAGUAUCAACAGUGGAGAGGAACGGCUUCCUCAUGCUCUCUGUUGUGCGCCGGAAAAUUGGGCUCUGGCAAGACAACAUUGCUGGCGAACAUGGUUGAUGAUCUGAUUUUCUCUACUCCGAGGGGAACAAGUGCGUACUUUUUCUGUCGAUUCGAUGUCACUGAGUCUUUGACUGCGAGGACCAUCAUCGGAUGCCUUGCGCGGCAACUGUUAGGGCAGCAGCCUAUUGACCUGAUGAAAGUGGAUAAUCUCUGCGAGAAUUGGCUUGCAAAUCCUGACGAGCAACUGAUUCUUAAUUUUGUACGAGAACUACUCCCUCCGGGUCCGAUUUACAGUUUGAUUGUGGAUGGGCUUGAUGAGUGUCCCGAAACCGAGCGACAGACAACUUUAGAGAUACUCCAGCAGCUGCAAAGGCACUACAAAAUCCGUAUCUGCCUGUCAUUCAGGCAGGACGCGGCGGAUCAUGCCAAAGUCGCAGCUGGCAUUCUUAAUGGGAAGUGGACACUUCUUAUCCCCGAGAACAAUCCUGACAUCGAGGCUUAUAUUGACGCCGAGCUACAUGAGCGGCUCGAGUCAGACAGGUUGUGCAUCGGAGAUCCAGCUAUCAUCCUUCCAAUCCAACAUGCCCUUGUCACUGGGGCCCAAGGAAUGUUUCUCUGGGCCACACUGCUACUCGACUGCAUUUGCAUGGAGCAGACAGAUGAGGCAAUUCUCCAAGCCCUUGGAAGUCUCCCACAAAGCCUUUCAGAAACAUUUACGCGGGUUCUACAGCAAGCCGGUGCCUCGAAUAUCCGUCAUCGCCACAGACUUGUGCAGUUGGUUAUGGCUGCCCGCCGACCCCUAUCAGUGGAGCAAUUAUGUGAGGCUCUCAGCGUCAUUCCCGGUGACACAACGUGGGAGCCUUCACGACAAAUCAAUAAUAUUCAUGCGGCUCUUGCAAGCUGCAAGUGCCUGAUCAUUAUAGAUGAAGAAGAGCAGACUGUUCGGUUUGCCCACCAUAGUGUUAAACAAUUCUUUAUUGCUCGGGGCGAUGAGUCUGAAAAUCCGAAUCCCAUCGACCCGGACGAAGCAAAUAAGGAAAUGGGUCGGAUCAUUCUAACGUACCUCAACUAUGGGAUUUUCGACCGACAAGUAUCUCGCACAGUCUUUCCAUCCAUUGCCGCCGAAGAUGCCCCAGCUCGGAUUGUGAGCACCAUCUUUGGAGGGACUGGAAACACAAAAAGAAUCGCGCUGGAACUGCUCAAGUCACGAAAAACCGGCAAACGCGACAUAGGCCAAACCUUGGCCGAGACGGCCAUGGCGCAGCGAAAAUCUCUAGCAGAGAGUCAUCCGUAUUUGGCUUACGCCAAGGACUACUAUAUGUAUCAUAUUCUAGGGGUUUGGAACUGUGAGAAGGACAUGGGACGGCUUUGGCUGUGCCUCUUAGCGAGCAAUUCUCUUGAUUUACGGAUUACCGACUGGCUGCAAUAUGAGUUACAGCAACGGCGAGUGACUGGCCUCGAUGGAGAGUUUGUCCCCUGUGACGUUCUGAGCCAGCUGGUCACAUAUGAUGUUAUUCGCAAAGUGCUUGAGGAAGCUGGGUUUUACGGAUAUGGCGCAUCGCCACUCGCGCAUGGUAUCCUCGCAGACCGCCAGCGAUGGUUUGCGAUUCUUGUUGAUAUAGGGAUCAAUGAUUAUAUUGGGGCCUUCUUUCAGUCUUCGAUGAUUCAGUCUCCAAUGACAGACCGCCAUCUUCCCAUUUUGAGGGUGCGAUUUCUCGAGAAAUACAAAUCAAAAGUAUCCCAGACCACUGUGCCGCCCGCGGUUCAAUCUGGGUCUAACAAGCUGAGCACCUCACGAUCUGUCGGUUCGAUGGAGGCAGAUAGGUGGGAGAAAUUGGCUGAGUUGUUCUGUCUCCGACAGCACCUCUACCUUGCCCCUAUACUUCAAGAAGGUCAACACUAUGACUCAGAGAACGGGAUCAUGCCCUUCUUGCGUAUUGAAAACACAUUCUAUACUUACGACGACGAAUCCCUAUUUGUUCAUGUUCAUCCUGCACAUUAUGCUUUUCCUCCACCUUACCGUAGUGCGGAAAACGUUUACCAGGUCGCGCUCAGUUCCUGGCACAUGGAUGAGCCUCCGCCUUUUUUGGUAUGUCACGGGCACUCUUGGCGUGUCCCGUGGCAUCUGCUCCAAGCAGUUGCAUCAUAUCGUCCUUGGGGACAGAGCGGAACACCCCAGCCGAUCCGUUUGAUUUUCCCCAUCCUUGGGCCGAACCUUGAUGACGCUUGGCGGCAAAGCUUGGUUACGGACUCGUCUCGACUUUUUCUGAGAUUCUGCCUGUUCCAAAUGACUGGCAUCGCCGAGGCUCUUGCCUUUGUCGUUUCCAACGAUCCGGAAGAACGAUGUAUCUCACUACGCCACAUUACGCCACGCAGCAUUCAAUGGUGCAAACGCUCAGGACGCAGAUUCAAGUGGGGAACUUUACGGUUAGAUCUACGGACCCUGAUGGCUGAUCAAAGUAAACGCCCUGUUCGGCAAUCUGAAGAGGCGUAUCGUGCCCCAUAUGAGGCCGAGGGGGAUGAUGUACCGAAAUAUGCCGCCUGGAGCCUGGGAUGCAUAUAUUUUGAAUUUCUUGUUUGGGCUGUGAUGGGAUUGAUAAAUCUUCAAAGAUUUCGUGAAGCAAGGGGAGGAGCGGAUGCUCCAUUCUAUUCAAAAACAUCCUCUGACAGAUAUCAAGGAUUCGAAUUGUCCCCGGAAGUUUGCCGCUGGGCGGACAUGCUGCUCAAUGAGCCUCAGCUUCCGCCAGAGGUUCGUCGUUUCAGCGAAUACUUGCUACAGCAUGUGCUUGUAGUAGACUCAUCAGCCAGGGUGUCAGCUCACCAGCUCGCGUUUGCUUUGCAAGACCUUCAGAAGCUGCAAACAAUGAGCAACUUGGACCAGGGUUUGGUAAUGAAUGUGGGAUGA